GGCGGAGCCAGGCUGGGACGCAUGGUAAGUGGGUGGCGCCGAGGGACUCUCGCCGGUGACCUCGCACCGCGCCGUGCCCGUUUCUCGGGAGACACGUAAGGGGCGGGGCCUGGAGAAAGGGCGUGUGCGCGGAGGGCCCGAGGCGGUGGACGUAGCCGUUUUGUCCCUCAGCGGCCACCUUGGUUUGACUGGGCGCGUCGUCGCCAUGGAGAUGGGACGGGCGGACUGGAAUAAUCCAUAGAGCGCUAAACUGACCCUUUUUCGUCAAAGCCAGCAGUGGCACUGGCGUGAUCGUGGGGUGGGUACCCUUGUGACCCUCGCGUUGCUGCGCCGGGGCUCAGAGGCUGCGAUUUCUCUAGAGAUCCAGUGCAGCUUAUUUCUCUCCGGGAAGAGAAACCACUGCGAUGGAAACCAAAGCUCUGUGCCGGUGGAGAUUAUGGCCCAAGCAUCCUGACUGAUCGCUCUCCCCAAAGACCUUCGCCGCGCUGCUGCUACCUCAGUGAACCCCUCUAUCCUGCUGCGGGAGAAAGGCCACAGAUCGUCUUGACAGCCAAACUAAGAAGCUCAAUUUUGUCUUGACUGAGGGCAGCCGCUGAUACAUAUUGAGCAGAGGAACAAAGCUUUGGCUUCUCAUUUGGGCCUGACGAAGGCAGCCACCUGUCCUGGAGAGCUUUCCAGGGACCCAGCCUAGGAAAGAGGAACAGGCCUCAGGUAGCCCCACCUGCUGAGCCACUGCCCUGAUGACGUCACUCACGCGUGCCUGCCCCGCCCCGUCCCGGCAGCUGUCGGUCAGCGGCCUCUGCCAGGUCACCAGAAGCCUGUAUAUCAGCAGCGGGGCAGCUGCCAGCAAUAAGCUCCUGCUGUCCAGCAACCAGAUCACCACAGUCAUCAAUGUCUCGGUGGAGGUAGUGAACGCCUUCUAUGAGAACAUCCAGUACUUGCGAGUACCUGUGGCUGACACACCUAGCUCUUGUCUCUAUGACUUCUUUGACCCCAUUGCCGACCACAUCCACUCGGUGGAGAUGGAAGAGGGCCGCACACUGCUGCACUGUGCUGCAGGCGUGAGCCGCUCAGCUGCCCUGUGUCUUGCCUACCUCAUGAAGUACCACGCUGUGUCCCUGCUGGAGGCCCACACUUGGGCCAAGUCCUGCCGGCCCAUCAUCCGACCCAACACUGGCUUUUGGGAGCAGCUCGUCCGCUAUGAGUUCCGGCUAUUUGGCAAGAAUACCGUGCACAUGGUCCCUUCCUCGGUGGGGGUGAUCCCGGACAUCUAUGAGAAGGAGGUUCGCUCGAUGAUUCCUCUGUGAGCCACCCUGCCAACCCCCCUCACUGGGGUCAGCAGUACAGAUCUGUUCUUGGUCCUUUUCCGAGAUCUGAACGUGAACACUAUGCUUUCGCUGAUGCAAGAACAGACUAGAUGGUGCCUUUCAUAAGGGCAAGAAAAAGGAAAGAUUGCUACAGCUUUUAACCUUGUAAUCCAAAUCUUUGAAGACCACACUCACGAAUUGUCAGUGAAGAUACGUUUUCUACCCUGUGAGGGGUGAACAGUGACUACUGACCGGAGGUGGGGUGAAACGAGUGGUACCUUGGAGGAAGAGACCAGAGCCCAGCGCACAGAGCAGCCCUGGGAUCCCGCAGCUCACCCCAGACUGACAGCCCACAAAGGGCUGCCGCAUUCCCACCUCGCUCCUUCAGAGCCUUAGCCUCAUGGCACUUUACCCUGAGCUUCUCAGAGUAGGUGCCAAUCUACAGGAUAAAUGGCUUCCAGCCGUCCCCUGGAGCCCUGGGGGCCUUGGGUGACUUCACACCCACCUUUAGCACAUUGGGCCCACUCUACUUUUCUGGAUGGGACAUAGUAGUCAACGAAAUUAUUCCACUGAAUAAAAUUCAGAAGACACAUUGUUUUCUGAGUGAUGUUGUAUGGGACAAGCCCACGGCAGUCCUCUGCCAGCCUUGGAGGAAAGGUGUUGAUUUCCCUCUUCAGGGCUCUUGGGGAACGCAGGCCUGACAUCAGGCCUCGAAGGGUCCUCUCACAGGCCUUGGCUGGAAAGGUUGGAGCUGCAGACUGUGACCUAGCUCUGUCACCUCCUCUCCUUGUGAAUUGGUGCUGCUGGGAAUCUAAAUGUCCACCUCUGAGACAGAACAAUUCCAUAGCACCAUGCCUAGUGCAUGGUGUGCGCUUAGUGUAAAGGGCGUGUUUAUCCUGAGUGGUUUUCUGUUUGGCCUUGUUGCUCCCAGCUGAACACAGUUAUCCUCGUGAAGAUGAAUCUCCUAUCUGUGCACAACUCCUUAUUGUUUACAAAGUAUUCUUCCAGACAGCCACCCUUUGCGAGGAAAAAAAUGGUUUCAGCCGUACCUCAGAAGAGGCCUAGAACCAGGGAUUUAGCUCAGUGUGCCCUGCUUGGCUGCCUUGCAAGCGCAAGGACCCAAGUUCUAUCCCCAGAACCGAAAAUAAAUAAAAAUAAAUAAAAAUAAAUAAAUACAUUUCCCACUGUGUCCAAUCCAGAGUGACCUAGGGGUUCUGAGGCAAGGAAGGGCCUGAUUCCUGUUCUCCCCCAAAAGCCUUUGUUCAAAAUUGCUGGCCUUUAGAGCCGGUAGCCCACUGACUGACCCCCAGGGCCCACGGGGUACCCGUGAAAGGGACAAGUGAGUGGAUGGCACCCCGAGGCCCUGGAGCCCAGGCCUGCUUCAGCCCCCUCGUGCCAUCGUCUGGCUUAGGACGAGCUGUUCGCACCCAGAGCUCUCGAGGUGACACACGAGACCAACACGCACAAGGGCUUUGCUUGAUUUGACACUGAGCUGUGUGUAGAGGUCAGGUGCCCCUUCUUCAAACCUUCUCUUCAAUCUGUCUGCUUCUGCACUGUGCGACUCUCCAGGAAUGAGACACCACACUUCCAUCAGGUUCAACGCUGCUCGUUACAGCUACGUUGGGUGGCGCUUCUCAGAAACCCUGGUACUCUUCCAUUUUCCACCAUGGAUCGUGUCGCGUCGCUGGAACCUCCCCCCCGCCUUCCUCUUCCUCAGUGAAAGGCUGCUCCACAAGCGCCUUUUCCUGCUUGCUCUGGAGUUCAGCAAAUUCUUCCGUUGCCAGCUCCCCGCCUUGGUCCUCAGCAGACUCUUCCCUAGCUGCUCCACUGAUGUCCAGACCCAUACUCUCGCCCGUGAACACGAUCUCCUCCACUACCUGUAUGUCAGACCCUUCCAUGUCGUGUCCAGUGACGCAUUCUGGCCACAGCUUCCCAUAGGCCGUUUAAGACCUGGCACGUGACAUCUUCCCGGGCUUUGUCAGUAGGGUAGACGCACUGGAAAACACGGAAAUGUUUCUUCCAGAAUUCUUUCAAGAGUCAAGGACGUCUCUUCAGUGACAUCAAAAUAUCUGGUGAAGAGCACCUUUGUGGGCAGCUUUUUUCACUUGCUGGUCAAAGGGCUGCAGAAAAUGUAUGGGGGUUUGACCUUUAUGAAGUCUACCCAGCAUGUAUCAUCCAUCAGGGCUGAAGGGUGUGUGUGCUAGGGUCUAGCAGAAGAAGGCACUUUUUUUUGAGACAAGGCCUCCAUAUGUAGUUCCGGCUGGCCUUGCACUCUCUCAAAGCUCAAAGUUGCAGCAGUCGUCCUGCCUCAGCCUCUCGAGUGCUGGUAUUACAGGUUAGCACCACCACACCCGGCAGAUCAAGACACCUUUGCAGACAGUUGAUUGUCAGAAAGAUACUUCUUUUGUUUGUUUGUUUUUUGAGACAGGGUCUCACUAUGUAGUUGA